UUCCUUUCCAAAUUCGGCAGGUCGUGCGCUCUGUUGCAAGAAGGGCAGCGGAACUGCGGGAAUAGAAGCAUCUUUGCAAGUGAGCAAAAGCAAGCAAGAAUUCGGGGCAGCGGAACUGAGCAAAACCAAAAGCAAGACUCGACCAUGUCAGCACCCGGCGAGUACGGAGGCGUCUCGACAUCCGAUGAAACCCUGCAGUCGACCUUCUCGUCGACGCGCGCGCGGCUGCAAGCCCACGCCGCGAAGCUGAAGAAAUCCAUCCUCGAGGGCACGGUCGAGCUCGCGACGCUCGGCACGAUCGGUGCUGUUUUGAUGGUCUUCGUCUCGGCGACGGCCAUCCUCGGCAACAUCACGAGGAUAAAACCGGCGAGCGCCUUGCUCAUGGUCUAUUGCGUCGCGGGCGGCAUCGCUUUACUAGUACUGGAGUUCUCGGCGUCGCCGCCGUCCUUCCUCCCGGGUUUCGUGCUGCACCGCCUCCGGAAAUUGCGCCAGAUGCUCCACUUCGAGUGCCACAUCCUGACGGUGGCGACGGGCCGCGCGCUGUGCUACCUGUUUUUUGGGAGUUUGCUCCUCGCCGACGCCGGCAGCGCGCUGGGCACGUGCGUGGGUGGCUACCUCGCGUUCGUGGGCCUCGCGAUGCUCUACGUGUCGCGGAGCGCCGUCGCCAAGCUGCGCGCGCUCAUGCCGCGCGCGGCCGAGGCCUCGCUGCGGGACGCGUUUGCCAGGCACGAUUCUGAUAGCGACGGGAAGCUGUCGAAAGCCGAGUUCGCGGAGCUCUGCGAGGGCUUAGGGGGGGACCUCACGCCGCGCGAGCGCGAGUGCGCGCUCUCGCUCUUGGAUGUGGACGGCUCGGGGACCAUCGAGCUCGACGAGUUCCUCGCGUGGUACACCGGCCGCAACUGGCAGAUGGCUUUGCACGCCUUCGGCGCG